CCCUAUCUGUACACACAUCCAUAGUAAUGUGUAAUUAAUAUAUAUUUAAUUUGAUAAGAUAAUGAUAAUUCUGAAGAUGUGUAAUAAAGAGAUUAAAGGAAACAGUUUGCACGUAGGUCAGUUGAAAGUCAAGUGUAAAUUAUCUUAAGACUGUUCUGUCGUGUACAACAUAAAAGACAAUAAGGAUCAAGUGAAACAACUUCUAUAGUUUACUAUACAUUCGUAAACAUUAUGGCUACUAAAUGGGGUAUUGUAAGCGUUGGAAACAUAUCUCAUGAUUUUGUAACGGCUUUACGAACAUUACCAGAAUCUGAACAUGUGAUUGUUGCUGCGGCUGCAAGGGACCUGUCACGAGCUCAAGCCUUUGCUAAACUACACAAAAUUAAAGAAGCUUAUGGCAGUUAUACAGAAUUAGCUGAGAACAAAGACAUUGAUAUCGUAUACAUCGGAGCGUUAAAUCCUCAACAUUUUGAAAUUGCAAAACUAAUGUUGAAUCAUGGAAAACAUAUUUUGUGCGAAAAGCCUUUAACAAUGAAUUUAAAACAAACAACGGAAUUAAUUAAUUUAGCGAAGCAGAAGAAAUUAUUUCUGAUGGAAGCUAUUUGGAGCAGAUGUUUUCCUGUUUACGAAGCUGUUAGAAAAGAGAUUGACUCUGGAAGUAUCGGAGAAGUUCACCAAGUUCUGGUAACUUUUGGAUUCGAUUUAGCGGAAGUGCAAAGACUUAUGAAAAAAGAAUUAGGAGGUGGUACGAUAUUAGACUUGGGUGUAUAUGGAAUACAGUUCGUCCGUUUCGUAUUUAAUGACGAUGAACCUGAUUCUGUACAAGCUAGUGGUUGUUUAAACGAAGAAGGCGUCGAUAAAUAUGUAUCUGCGAGUUUCUAUUACAAGAAAAAUCGUACUGCGACUAUUAUCACCAGUUCCCUGGCUGCUUUACCGAACGAAGCUUAUGUAAUUGGAACAAAAGGAACGAUAAUAAUCCCGCAAUUUUGGUGCCCUACAACAGUAUCGCUCCCUAGUGGUACUGUAGUCGAUGUACCACUCCCGGAGGGUGGCCAAAAAUUCAAUUUUAUUAAUAGUGCUGGAUUGAGAUACGAAGCUGAUGAAGCCCGCAAGUGCAUUUUAAAAGGUAUGAUCGAAAGCCCGAAAGUUUCACACAAUGAUUCAUUGCUCAUUGCUAAAUUGGAGGACGAGAUCAGAAAGCAAGUCGGCGUUGUAUAUCCUCAAGAUUAAAAUAUGAGAUAUGAAAACUGGAUUGUACUACCAAAAUGUACUAAACAGGAAAUAAUAAAUGGGUAAACUUACUUUCAA